AUGAGAUUUUGGAGCGAACCUACCGGCAAAGAUGCCUUUACCCUGUCAUGGAUUAGUUGUUUCAUAACCCUAGCCGCUGCCAUUGUGGGACUUACCUUUUACAAUACUGCUGGAUCCCAAUUAUGUUUGGUCUUUGGCUUGGAGAAUUGCGUCGAUCUCUUUAGUUCGGUGGUGGUUGUCUGGCGUUUCUUCAUUCCUGGAGAUCUGACUCCAGAGCUGGCAGAACACUUGGAAAAGCGCGAAGAACGUGCCAGCAUGGCUAUUUCAUUUAUUCUCGUCUUGCUAGGUGUCUUUGUCAUGGGUGGGGCCUUGGAUGCAUUGCUCAAUGGAUCCGAAGAUGAAACGGACAUGUCUUUGGUGUUGGCCAUUUCCUUCAUUAGCAUUUUUGUCUUUGGAUUGAUGACGGCCUUCAAGUUUCAAUAUUCCAAAAAGCUGGAUUCUCCUUCUCUGCACAAGGAUGGACUUUGCUCCUUGUUGGGAACCAUCUUGUCAACCGCCUUGUUUGUCAAUACCUUGAUUAUUGAAAGUUUCCCCGCUACCUGGUACUUGGAUCCUGUCGUUUCCCUUUUAUGUGGACUUGCGGCUGCCGUGUUGGGAAUCCAAGCGAUCUAUUUGGCCAAGAAAUCGGGACUUCCUGUUUUUUCGGCCCAAUGGUGGAUGUUAUCGCAAGGUUCUGGCACCAAGGAAACAGAACUAGAGGACACGAAAAAUCCCAACAGCUUGUCAGGUGUUGUUUAG